GAGAGAGAGAGAGAGACGGAGAGAGGGAGUACAAAUCAACCUGCCUCAGUCAGAACAACGGGAACACAAUAAGCCAGGGAGAAGGCUCUGAGCAGGCAGGCAGGAUUUUCUUGUUCUAGAGACAAUCACACUCGAAAAGGAGAAAAGAAGGGAGGACAGCAAGCAGAGAGAGGUAGAGAGAGAAAGAGAGAGAGAGAGAGUAGAUAACAGAAAAAUGCUGUCAUUGAAGAAAGGGGGAGACAACAGAACACAGCAGGAUGGAAUAAGGACAGGGCAAGCAGACAUGCAGAGGAUGCAGAAAUCUUUGAUGACAAAUCUGUGAGGGUCUAGAGAAGGAGGCUGACAGCGAGGACUUAAACUGGGAUUGCAUUCUUCUUGGCCUUUGGCCCUCAUUCUAAUGCUCUUUUACAACCUGGGAUGAUUCGACAUUAAGAAGGAAUGAGCAUGAGACAGAAGCCUUCUGUUCAAGAUUGUUUCAAAUGAUGAAAGCGAACUCUCUUGUUCUGACAUGCCCAGAAUGACUUCCUGAAUCUGCUUAAGUAGUGAGGCACUACUGCAAGUCACUGUGCGCAGGAUGAAGACACCAACCAGGACUGUGCUAAGCAGAAAAGACGUCCGCUAAGUAAUUGAGUUAUGACUUCUCCUUCGCGGCUUGUAUGCUCACAUCAACCAUUUAGAUUCUCUGGAGCUACUCAUCAGUCGUCCCAGACCAAGAGAGGAGGAUAGUGAGGAGAGAAGAUUUAAAGGAAGACCAAGAGACCAAGGAAUAAGAACGAAAAAAGUUCACCAUGCAAUCAGACGACCUCUUUAUCCGCAAGUUCCGCCGACAGAGCCCACGUCCGACCCCGGUCUUUGAGGCCAAGCGGGCGGCGGUGGCGGAAUGGCCGCCCAGGAGGGAGGGUGAGGGAGCAGAGGGUGAGAGUGUGACAACACCCAGCAGGGCAGGUCUUAAUCAGCGCUCAGUUGCUCGUGGCCACAUCAUGCAACGCAGCAACAGCGAUGUCACUCUGGGAGAUCUGGACUCAGCGGCAAAGGCAGGAGCAAAAGCAGUCAGGUCAGCAAGCGAAAAGUCCGGGCAAGCAGGACAGGGCGAGUCUAGUAUAGUCCUCCACCGGGAAUAUGGGAGUCUUUCCUCAUUAGAAAAGCAGAGCCAACCUUCAGAGCCCUGCACGGACGAUCAAACGGUUCUCAGUCCCAACGCUCUUCGCUUUAAAGAUCCGUUCUUGUUACUAGGACUCCAGGAAACACCGUCUGAACCAGACGACUUUUUCCGUUCACUAGACAGCCCAAAACCAGCCAAGCCCCCCAAACCUGAUGCUCUAAACAAGAAAUCAAAGCCAUCACCCAUUCAGGUCACGUCUACACCAUGCGAUCAGACAUCCGGAGGUGCAUGGGUGCGCAACUUUGCCCAUUACGACGUGCAGAGCAUCCUGUUUGACUUGGGUGAGGCGGCCACUAGCCGAGACAGCGUCGGCCGCAAGAAGAACAUCACCUCAGGGGCAUCGGCUGCCUCGCAACUCCGGCCUCUUUCCCAGGCUCCUCCUGCCUCACCCUCUCAGACUCUGGGCAGUGGGACUGUCGGGACUGCUAGCACAGAGGAACCAGAACCAUGCCUGCUGGACGAAGGAGAUGGCAAUGACAAUGAUUUGCUGCUCAGCUGCCCGCACUUUAGAAACGAGAUGGGAGGGGAAGAGAGGGCUGGAUUGGGAAAAACCCAGUGUUGUAGCGGGCGAUGGAGGAGUCUACAGAGCCCCAAUGAUGCUGUGUCAGUAUUGGAGGAACCCAGAGAAAGCCAUGUGCAGCAGCAGGGAAAGAGCAACUACUUCAUCGAGCAUGCAGACCUGGGGGCGCGUUACUACCACAAGUACUUCUAUAUGAAAGACCACCAGAAUUUCUUUGGCAUGGACGAGCGCCUGGGGCCGGUGGCUAUCAGUUUCCGGCGUGAGGAGAAAGAAGGUUCUAGUGGAGCUCAGCAUAUGUACAGGAUCAUCUUCAGGACCACAGAGCUUAAGACCCUUCGUGGCUCCAUCCUGGAAGAGUCUGUACCAUCUGCAGCACGGCACACAACCCCAAGAGGGCUUUCCCCCAAGAGACUUCUUGAGUUUAUCCUCCCAGAUCUCAACUUUCAUUGUCUGAAGCUUGCCUCUACAUCUCCUAAAGUUCGUGACACGCUGCUGAAGCUGGAUGAGCAAGGGCUGAAUUUCCAGCGUAAGGUAGGGGUGAUGUAUUGCCGAGCGGGACAGAGUACAGAGGAAGACAUGUACAAUAACGAGAGUGCCGGCCCGGCGUUCGACGAGUUCCUGGACCUGCUGGGAGACCGAGUGAGACUGAAGGGCUGGGAGAAAUACAGAGCACAGCUCGACACAAAGACGGAUUCCACUGGGACACACUCUCUAUACACACGCUAUCAAGAUUACGAGAUCAUGUUCCAUGUUUCCACCAUGCUCCCAUACACAGCCAACAACACACAACAGCUAUUGAGGAAAAGACACAUAGGGAACGAUAUUGUGACGAUCGUCUUCCAAGAGCCAGGGGCCAUGCCGUUCACCCCCAAAACCAUCCGCUCUCACUUCCAGCACGUGUUCAUAAUCGUCCAAGUACACGAGCCCUGCACGGAAAACACCUACUAUCGCGUCGCUGUUACCCGCUCCAAGGACAUCCCUCUUUUUGGCCCACUUUUCCCCAAAGGAGCUCGCUUUCCACGCUCGCAAGCUUUCCGUGACUUCCUGCUCGCCAAGGCCAUAAACGCUGAAAACGCAGCUGAGAAAUCGGAGAAGUUCCGGUCGAUGGCCACACGCACGCGUCAGGAAUAUCUAAAGGACCUAGCAGAGAACUACGUCACCACCACGCCUAUCGACUCAUCCAACAAGUUUCCCCUGCUUUCCCUGGGAGGCAAGCGCAAAGACAAGCUGAAGGGUGCUAAAGGAGCAGAGCUCCACAGUGCCGGCGCUCUGGUAUGGCCCGUCUGCGCCAGCAAGGAUGACGACGGGCACAAACUGGCCUGUCUGUUGGGCAUCUCCACCCAGUUCGUGGUGCUGAUCGAACGCUGCAGCAAGCGGGUCAUCUUUAACUGCUCGUGCCGUGACGUGAUCGGGUGGAAAGCAGUAACCAAGACCAGCAUCAAGGGUGGGCCUUGUCUGGAUAUUUUCUACGAGAGGGGCGAGGCCGUCUCGAUUACAGUGUCAGAGAGCCAGACGGAGGAUAUUAAAGAGGUGGUGCAGAGGCUUGAGCUGGUGACAAGAGGAUGUGAGGCACUUGAAGUCACCCCUCUGAGGGACAACACGGGCCAGCCGGGCUUCAUCAUGAGUGCAGAGGGCUUCGUGACGGAUCUGCAGCGCUUCGGUUACGCCGAGAGCGGAGGCCUACAGCUGAGCGCACGUAUAGUGAGACUCUGUGGACACACGCUCGUCCACCUGAGCCAGGACGAGAGAACGAGGAUGCUGCGUACGGCGCCCAAAAUUCACAUCACCGUCAUCCCACCCGACGAGGACGGCAAGCCUCGCAGGAGCUUUUCUGAACUCUAUCAGAAGUCCAUCCAAGAUGCAGAGAGCAAGUCUGGCGAGGACCACUCAGGCGAGGCCUGGGUCCUGGACGAGCGAGACGAAGAGGAGAAUGAGGUUGAAGAGGAAGAGAGAGAGCAGGAGGAGGAGCGGGAGCAGGGCGAAGGGGAGGAGUCAGACAGCGUGACCCAAUCAGAUAUGAGGGAGGAAGAAGAGAGCAGAACUCCAGGCAUGAGUGGCUUACUCUCUCCACCCAGUUUGCCUCUUCUCAGAGCUACAUCGCUGCAAGACAAUCCUCCAUCACAGGCGCUGGAAAUCACUCCGUCCUCUCUCACACGCAGCUACUCACUCGAGAGAACCCUGCCCUGUCAGGACAUCUGUGAUGGGCAUGUGUAUGAUAACGUUGGGUUGAAGGUGAACAGGCAUAUCUACGAUAAUCCCGGAGAGCUGAGCGACGUGACCCCUGACCUCAUACUGGCUGUCAAACCAAAGGUUCCUCUCCAAGAAGAGGGACAGGUUGGAAUAGAUGUGCUGGGUGAGGAGAGACCAUCGGGCAGUGAGGCAUCUCUUCGCUCAGCACACAUGGAGAGGAACUCCAGAGCGGAGAGGAACUCCAGAGCGUUGAGCAUCCAUAACUCCAUCAGCAAGAUUCUUUCAGAAACAACAGAUUCAUCAGAGGAGGAAUGGCAGUCUAUUUCUGACCUCGCCACAGCAUGCAAGAAUAUUCUCGAAGCCCUAUCACGAGAAGAUCGAAAGGCCGGUGAUGGCACUCAGGCAGGAGCCGACACACUGACGCAGACAGAUGCCAAGCUUAAAGAUAUUAAAGACAGUGACUCACCCAGUCACCUGGAGGAGAAGGUGUCCCAGUUGGAGGCCAUGCUGAAACGAUUACAGGAUGACCUCCAAAAGAGCUAUUUCACAGAGCCAGUCAGACUGAGGGAUGAUAGAGGUAGGGCGGGACAAGCCAAAGAAACCUGUCUUGUCAUUGGACAGGGUGAACAGAGGAGAUGAGAAGAUGGCCGGAGGGACAGGCUCCCUCUCUCAACACUAAGCGACCAAUGGCAGUCGAGGCAAGUACAGCAUGAAAUUUUUCCUUCGUCAUGCCAAAAACCGAAUAAAACAACCGAAACCAACCCAACGAUAUCAAGUAACACCUUUCAAUUCUUAACCUGUGAAAGCAAAAAGGGGGCUUUGAAAGUGGUAGAAGGGGGUGUGUCCUAACAUGCAGGUUGGUGUGUGGGUAGACUCUGAAAUCAUCAUCAGUCCACGUCUGUAGUGAACACGCUCUCAAAUGGAGGUCCCGAGUGCAAAAUUAUACCCAGGAUAAAAUCAAAGCUAAAUCCUUUAACACAUUUUGUCUGAUUGGUACCUCGAAAAGAAGAAAGAAGACUCGACCAACAAUUAUCUUAUCUGUAGAGUGAAAUAAACUCCUCCUAACUCACGUUCAAUUACGAAUUCUCCAGAGAUGGUGCAGUAUCAUCUCUUCGGAUUUGAGUGUGAACGACAAACCUCCAUAGAGAAACAAGACGAGGUCUGAUCGGAUCCGAAACCUAACACAUUAAUCAUGUGUCUUGACUGCAUCAGGAAUGCCGUUGUCAGAUUUUUUUAAUUUAUUUUUAUUAAUCUCUCUCUCUCUCUCUCUCUCUCUCUAACCCCUCUUCUUUUCUCUCUCAUACUCAUCAUUAACCCUGAUCCGUGUUAUCAUCAAUCUAGAGAAGUUCACCUGACCUCACAUACGGACCACACACACUUUUCCCAAAGGUUAUCCUAACAGCGUUUCCAUGAAUCAUAUAUGAGGAAUGUGAGAGAAUGAAUGCCAAAUGUCAAAAGUUCUCAAACAUAGGGCAGCACGGUGGCUUAGUGUUGCCUCACAGCAAGAAGGUCCUGGGUCGAACAGGCAGGGGCCUUUCUGUGUGGAGUUUCCAUGUUCUCCCCAUGCCUGCGUGGGCUUACCUCCCACAGUCCAAAAACAUGUACAUUACAUUGAUUGGUAAUUCUAAAUUGCCCAGUGUGUGUGGUUGUCUGUCUAUAUGUGUGGCCCUGUGAUGGACUAGCGACCUGUCCAGGGUGUACCUCUGCCUUUCGCCCAAUGUGUGCUGCGAUAGGCUCCAGCAGAUCCCCGUGACCCUAAUUAGGAAUAAAGAAAAUAGAUGGAUGGAAGUUCUCAAACAUAUUAUUGAUCCCCAGAGUUUCUCAGUUUGGUGUCUUUCAUAAUGCAAAUUAUUAUGUUAGAUAUAUUUUCUAGGAGAAAUUAAUUCCUUAGUCUGAUUUGUCACAUUCUUUCCAUUGUGAACCAACCCAGUAUGACUCUUUAGUUCUAAAUGUGAAAUAUUACCUUUCCAUUUCCGAACCUAUUUAGUAGCAAGGAGCAAUAAUUAGAAAUACAACCUUAACACUGUAAGGAAGGUAUUUAGUUUGGUUGAUGAUGAUACCACGUAAAAAUUAGUCACACAGCUCCGUAAGUAUGACAACAUGUACAGAUACAUAAACCGAAAAUGACAGCUUCGAAAGACGAAAAUGACCGUCUUAGUGAGUAUGUGCAUGUGCAGCUAGCGCUUCUGUACACUUCAGAGCAGAAUCAUCUAUUUUUAUCACGCGUUGUUGCAUACAGCGCCUCAUGAAUGCUUAAUCUAGCUGUCAUAAGCUGUUUAUGUAUGUCCUAUGUUGUUGCACUUAGUGUGCUUUGUGAUGAAUGUUCAUUUCAUCCCAUCUAUAAAUUAUGAUUAACUAAAACAUAACCUCAUCUGUCAUUCCUUCCGUGCUUAGAGCUACACUCUAGUUACAACCUGUCGUCUGUACCUUAUGUCAUUUCUCGGUAUCUCUUCAUUUUCUCCCUCCAAAUAUAUAUAUAUAUAUAUAUGUAUAUAUUUUUUUGCCCUUGGCAACCGAGUUAUCGGCUGCCGUUCUUCUUCAUUCACAAACAAAACUGGUGAUUUAAGCAAACAGUGAGAGGUGUUUGUUAAGGGCAUGAAAUUCCUUUUACCUUCUACUGAAGAUGGGAAGAAAAAUACAGCAUGAGAAUCACGGGGUAGUAAAAAAAAAACAGUUUUUCUUUAACAGUAGAUGGUUUAAGUGAUAUCAUAUCACCCUGUUUUGCAGAUUUCUUAUCAUUUGCGUAACCUUAUAAAAGCUAAUCUGGUGUUCUUCUUUAUAUCUCAUGGGUGUUACUCCAAAUCAGCGAUAGAUGAGCCUGUGUAAGGAGACUGAGCUCAUGAGCUCCCUCAGCCCAGAGGGAUGUUUAGAUUAAGCUCCAACACUCGAUGUAGACCUGUUAAGACUUUUUUGGUGAUCUCAAAACAUCCUGCAUUUUCCUUAAGAGAAAACGGUGCAGAGUAUCUGUAAAGUAUUAUUAUGAGCAGGAGCUUGAACAUUACUAUUGUGAAAUGGCAAGGAAGGGACGGCGCUUCCAGAGAGCGCAGGCUAAUAUCUGAGCAUUUAAAAACCUAAUCUUGGCUUAUCUGCUGUUUCUAUUAUUAAAAAAUAAAUAAAAGACAGCUCUUUUGGUGUAUUUUAGAGUACAUUAACCUCCAGUUUAACCAGUAUAGUUUUUGCUUUGAAUAAUACAGAAUAUUAAUUGCUGUAGUACCAAGAUUUUUUACCAAAAUUACAUAAUAUAUGUUAGCAGUAAACUACGGGUUGUAUUUGGAGAAUAAAUUAUAUUAGAUUUAUAGAUAUAAAUAUAGAACAAACCCCUCCGAUUUCAUUUUUUUGGGUCACGUUUUUUAAUAUGAAUAUUGAAUAUUAUUUUAUAUAAUUUUGCAAAAUAAUAUGUGAUAUAUAAUUAAAUGUAAAUGCUGAUUUGCUAACACCCUGAGAUAUGUACAUGCUGAAGUAUACACCCAGGCAUUGAAUCACUGACAUGACACUGAGAACCUUAGACAUUUAUAUAACUUAUUAUAUAUAAAUAUAAACAACUAGACAGAUUACCAUGGUUAAUUUUUCUUUCCAUCUUCACGUCUGUGUGUGUGUGUGUGUGUGUGAGUGUGUCGGGUGUCUUUCUAAUUAAAUGUCACAGAAGAUAUGAUUUUUCUCUGCACUGAAUUAAAAUGUUUGUUAGUUGAUGAGCUCCAUAGAGACCUUGUAGUGUCUGACUUUAGUCUGUUAGAAGUUGAAUGCAGUCUAGAAUUCUGUAGUUCUACAUUGUUUAGUAUAUAAUUAUGUAUGGAUGUUUGGGGCCGCCGUUUCAAAUGCCUGGGUUGGACUAUACAUUAUUUGUACAUGUGUCCUGCAGUCUUUAGUAUCCUAGGAAUAUCAUAGAGAAAUAACAAUAUAAAUACUGGGGGCAGUAUAUAGCACUGGUAUGCUAUGUAGUAUAUAGUAUAUAUAGACAGUAUAUAGGAAGAGAAUUUCUUUCUGAAAUAUCUAUGUUAGGUCCAUGUUUGCGCCAACAUAUAUUUAGGCUUGUUAGUGUUAAAUUAUUGAGGCUUGAAUUGGAUUGGAAUUGUUAGAUUUGGAAGUUGAUUAAUUAAAGUGACACGGCAAACAUUCUAAUAAUGACAAGAACACAUUUUAUGAGGUUAUUUCUGCCACUAUAGCAAAAAGAAAACAUGCAGACUUCCUGGCUAUGCUUCAUAGACUCGUUAGAGAGCAAGUUUUCUGGACAUUCUAGAUUAGUGACCCACUAGUAAAUGUGUUAAAACUAGUAAACCUGAUGAUCGGGGAUGAUUUAGCAUAGAUUUUGAUCUGCCCCCUAGUGGACGCAGCUGGAAGUGAACAUCCGUGUAUGGACAUGUAAGUGUAGUUCCACGUCAAGCAUAACGUCGGCCACAAACCGUAUCCUGUGUGCUGCCUUUCUAAACGUAGCCAUCUAAGCAAUCUAACCUUAUUUUCCUCCUAACCGCCUACCAACCACUUUCCCCGACUUUCCCCCCCCUACCUCCUUCUCCAAAUCCAACCUGUGCUCCAAGAGAGCGUCCUGUUGAUCAGUUGUGUUGUGUGUGAUGCUGGCAGGAGAAAGAGGACAAAGCCAUGCUGCAGGCAGAGGUGCAGAGUCUGAGACAGAACAACCAGCGGCUGCAGGAGGAGUCGCAGAGCACCGUGGCGCGCCUCAUCAAAGUCACCGAGCUGCUGUGCAACGUCAACAAACCCUGCUA